AUGUCUACUAGCCUCGACAGUGAGGGCAGCUGGAGCGUACUCGAAGAUAAGGGUGACUUCAGUUCUCCAUCUGAAGACAAUGGAAAAGGCAAAGCUACACCAUCCAGCCCUGAUCCUUCCAUAUCCGAUAAAGGCAGGAAUUCGCUACCCCCUAGAACUGGUUAUGAUGCAGAUAAGCUCCUGGAUUUAUGUGACACAAUCCGCACUGGUUUACACGAGGGUCGUCCUGAGCCUCGUUGGGAAGAGGCCAUGGGAUUUUUGGCAGCAGUAAUGAGGGACGAGGCGAACGGUAGUCGCGCCAUAGAGUUUGAGACUAUUCGGAACACGCACCUUGACAAACUCAUAUCGGAUAUAAUGGAUCCAAGAUAUCGACAUCCGAGGGUCCCUAUCAGAUUUUCAAAAGACGUCCAGCUGGCGGAGCGCUUAGAGCGCAAAUGGAUCGAGAGGUUUAGAGGACCCUACUUCAACAUCGAACAGAACCGCUAUGACGAUCUGCCCAAGACGGGCCGGCUCAAAGAUGUGGUCCUGAACCUUGACUCCCAGAAUCCAGAGGAACGAUGGCAAGCUAAAGAUGGCGAGACGGUGUCAGAGAUGGAGGGAAAUUUAGAGAUCGAGCCUGGGCAGUGGUGGCUCAACUUGGCUUGUGCACACCGAGAUGGUAUUGUUGGUAGCGCACGCGAAAGACCUACUCGGGGGAAAUACGGAGUUGCUGCCUUACCAUUGCUAACAGGAGAAGAAUACAUCGAUGAAAAUGAUGGGUACAUACGAUAUGCUAGACAGGGCAGAAUCACGGACAUACACGUAUCACUCGUGUCCCAACCCGGAGCCACAUUCCGCAUUCUUCGUGGAUAUCGUCUGCAAAGUCCCUUUGCACCGAAAGCUGGCAUACGUUAUGAUGAUACAAAGUACACCGCUACAGUCAAUGAGUUGGCGAGCAGCGGCCAAUAG